AUGGAUCUUUUCGUUCAUCAAUUUGAAGACAUCCCAGACAACAUUCAAGAAGACGAAGACAGUAGUGAAAGUGACGAAGACGAGUCACUUCAACAUGAUGCAGAUGAAGAAGACGAACACCACAAUAGAAACGAAGAUGAAGACGAAGACAAAGACAUGUGGGGCAACAUUUUGUCUGGCACCCAACCACAACCAACACAAGAGGCAGUACCGAUCAGAACAGCUUAUUGUCCCCCACUGCAUAUGCGUAACCUUGAUGUUGCUGCAUUUGAUGCUCUACCUACGGACGAUCACUGGAAUAUGAUUGUUCCGCUCGAUGGAGCGAUUGCGGAAGGAAUGACAUUUCAUAGCAAAGAAGACUGUCUGUAUGCCAUCAAGUCUUUCCACAUCCGACAAUUAGUAGAUUACAAUGUUAUACACUCAGAUCCAAGAAGAUAUGUCAUUCAAUGUACACAGGAGACAUGUGGAUUCAAGUUGAGAGCAUCCUACAGAAAAAGGAGUGGCAAAUGGAUGAUUGGGACAAUCUCUGGUCAACACAACUGCACAUCGAAUUCAUUACCACAAGAUCAUCGCAAGCUCAACUACAAACUUAUAAGCGAUAACAUCAAAACACUUGUUCAUGCAGAUGCUUCGACUAAGCCAAAGUUGAUCAUUGCGCACAUACAAGAAAAGUUCAACUACACAACCACAUACAAAAAGGCGUUGAUGGCAAAGAACGCGACAAUCGAAUCUAUUUACAGGAAUUGGGAUGAAUCUUAUAAUGUUCUUCCGCAAUGGUUGAAUGUGAUGAAGGAAACAAAUCCAGGAACCGUAUUCGAUUUGAAGACGCGGGUUGGAGAGAAUGGAGAGACACAAUUUCAUCGUCUAUUUUGGGCCUUCUUUCCAUGUAUCCACGGGUUCAAGUACUGUAAACCAGUUGUCCAUGUCUACGGGACAUGGUUGUAUGGCAAGUACAAAGGGACCUUAUUGCUUGCGGUAGAACAAGAUGGGAAUAACAAAAUGAUUCCAAAAAGAUGGGAAUAA